AUGGCUUCUACAAGGAAGAACGUCGGAAAGACGAAACGUCGUGAUGUCGAUGUUGACGAACCUGAAAACAAAUACACGAAAGGUGAUAACCAUUUGGAACAAUUCGCCGAAAAAUGGCUUUUGAAGCAGAAACCUGAUAGUGAAGCCCAAUACGGGCUAUGGCUAAUGAUUGUCACAACGAUUGCAUUUGCUGUAAGAUUCUACAAAAUUUGGUAUCCUAAGGAAGUUGUCUUUGAUGAAGUUCAUUUUGGUAAGUUUGCCUCUUAUUAUUUAGAGAGAACUUUCUUUUUUGAUGUCCACCCACCUUUUGCCAAGAUGAUGAUCGCGUUUGUUGGUUGGUUAGUUGGCUAUGAUGGUUCUUUCAAGUUCGAAAACAUCGGUAUGAGUUAUGAAACUCAUCCUGCACCAUACUUGGCUUAUCGUUCUUUCAAUGCUAUCCUCGGUACUUUGACUGUCCCAAUUAUGUUUAACACUUUGAAGGAGUUAAAUUUUAAGGCUAUUACAUGUGCAUUUGGUGCACUAUUAGUAGCAGUGGAUAAUGCUCACGUCAUUGAAACAAGAUUGAUUUUACUUGAUGCUAUUCUGUUAAUUGCUGUUGCCGCAAGUAUUUACACUUACGUUCGCUUUUAUAAAGAGCAAUUAAAGAAACCUUUCUCACUUCAAUGGUAUAUCUGGCUAUAUCUAACUGGUCUAUCUCUAUCUUUUGUUAUCUCUACUAAAUAUAUUGGUGUGAUGACCUAUGCUGCCAUUGGUAUUGCUGUUGUCGCUAACCUAUGGCAAUUAUUGGAUAUCCGUUCAAACUUAACUUUGACCCAAUUUAUGAGACACAUCAGUAGAAGAUUGAAUGGUUUAAUCUUAAUUCCAUUUGUUGUUUAUUUGUUUUGGUUCUGGGUUCAUUUUGCCGUUUUAAACACAUCAGGUCCAGGUGAUGGUUUCAUGUCUGCGGAAUUCCAAGAAACUUUGGCCGAUUCUCCAGCUACUAUUAACUCAAGAGACGUAAACUAUUUCGAUAUAAUCACCAUGAAACACGGUGACACUGAUGCAUUCUUGCAUUCCCACCUAGCUAACUAUCCAAUGCGUUACGAGGAUGGUCGUAUAUCCUCUCAAGGUCAACAAGUUACAGGCUAUUCUCACGAAGAUAUUAACAAUGAGUGGGAAAUUAUCCCAACCAAAGAACUAUCUGAAAGAUUAGGUCAACCAGUUCUGUUAGAUGAUGUUAUUAGAUUAAGACAUGUUGCUACCAACACAUGGUUAUUGGCUCAUGAUGUUGCAUCUCCUUUGUUUCCAACAAAUGAGGAAAUUACCACCGUCAGUGAAGAAGUAGCAAAUGGUGACGAUUAUAAAAAGACAUUAUUCUCAUUCCAACCUAUCAAAAAGAAUGAUGCAGGCCACAUUCUAAAGAGUCAAACUGUAUCCUUCCGUAUUUUCCAUGUCGAUACAUCUGUGGCUAUAUGGACUCACAAUGAUGAAUAUCUUCCAGAAUGGGGGUUUGAACAACAAGAAGUUAAUGGUAACAAAAAACUAACAGACACCGAAAAUAACUGGAUUAUUGCUAAUAUAACUAAUUUGGAUGAAUCAAGAAUGACAUACGUCCCAAAGGUGGUCAAGAAGCUUCCAUUCUUUAAGAAAUGGUUAGAAUUACAAAAGUCUAUGUUUGAACAAAACAAUAAAUUAUCUUCUGAACAUCCAUUUGCAUCUCAACCACAAGCCUGGCCAGGUAGUUUGAGUGGUGUUUCAUUCUGGACAAAGGACUCUGAAAGAAGACAAAUCUUUUUCACAGGUAACAUUGUCGGUUUCUGGUUCGAAAUGAUUUCGUUAUCAAUUUACUUAGGUAUCGUCCUAACCGACCUAAUUACCAGACAACGUAGUUAUUUCGCAUUAAAUAAGUUAACUAGAGAAAAGUUAUACGGUCCACUAGCUUAUUUUUUCGUCGGCUGGGCUUGCCAUUAUUUUCCAUUCUUCUUAAUGGCCCGUCAAAAGUUCUUACAUCAUUAUCUACCAGCUCAUUUGAUUGCAGCUAUGUUCACAGCCGCCUUAUGGGAAACCAUCUUUAGCGAAUGUAACUCUAUUAGUACCGACAAGGAUGAAGAAUUACCAGGUGCAGUUUAUGAGAAGGAAUCCAAGGUCAAGACAAAGAUUCUUGCCGCAUUCUUCCUGAAUAUCUCUGUAUGUUUGAUUCUAUUCUUCAUAUACUUCUCUCCUCUAGUUUAUGGUGAUGAGAUUCCAGCAGAAGAAGUUGCGAAUAGGCAAUGGUUUGAUAUCAAACUGAACUUUGCUAAAUAA